CAAACAUAAUUUUUGGGUUAUAGUUUGUUCAAGUUCAUUUUUAGUAAACCAAAAAUGCAAACUCAAAUUUAAAUAAUUCGGUAAACAAGGAUGGACCAGAGUUAAAAUCUUCUCUAGGACAAAAGAUGUGCUAAAGUUUUGUCUUGUGCAAGAUUUUUACCGCUUUUCCUUAACCAAAUCUUCAUCUCGCUCUGAACCUUAAUCUAAAAGAUAUCCCCCAUAUGUACGCGUUUUGGUUCCAGCCCACGAACUACAAACAUUUUAUUAUUAUGUAUAUAUAGUCCCUAAAAUAACAGGUACACCUUCUCAUCCAAAAUACAAUCGUCAAACAUACAUACAUACAACUGAUCAAUCUUUACACAAAUCAUAACCAUAACCAUGACAGGCACACCUCAAGAAGCACCAUCAUCACAAACAACCACACAACCAUCAUCAUCAUCAACAACAACUACUCCGGAAUACAGCGAAAAAUGGGGAACCCAUCUCAUGGGACAGCCUGCAAUUCCUACCACACAUCCCGACAAUCAAAAAGCAGCUACAUGGAACGCAGCUGACCAUCAACAAAUCUAUCAUCAACAAUCAUCACCUUACCUAGUUUACUCCCCUGUUGACAAACCCGUGACUAACCCACUAGAACCCGUCAUCAAUCUUUUCAACUCAUGGACCACUAAGGCUGACUCCAUCGCCCGUAACAUAUGGCAUAACUUGACAACGGGAUCUUCUGUGACGGGAGCAGCAUGGGGUAAAAUGAAUUUAACAGCGAAAGCAAUCACAGAAGGAGGGUUCGAGUCCAUGUUCAAACAGAUUUUCGCACCUUCUUCUGACCCAAACGAGAAGCUAAAAAAGACGUUUGCGUGCUAUCUUUCCACCACCACGGGCCCUGUUGCCGGCACCAUCUAUCUAUCAACUGCUCGGGUCGCGUUCUGCAGCGAUCGGCCGUUGUGUUUCACGGCGCCUUCUGGUCAAGAAACGUGGAGCUACUACAAGGUCAUGAUACCGUUAGGGAAUAUUGGGACGGUGAAUCCAGUGACAAUGAGAGAAAAAUCUUCGGAAAGAUAUAUACAGAUAGUUACAGUUGAUGGACAUGAUUUCUGGUUCAUGGGAUUUGUUAAUUUUGAGAAAGCUUCUAGGCAUCUUAUCAACAGCUUGUCUGAAUUUAAUUCAAACGUGGCGGCAGCAGCAGCGGCACCACCGCCUGUUACUGUUUAAUUAGGUUGUUUUUUUUUUGUUUUUAUUUGUAAUUUGAAUUAAAAAUCCGGUGGGGAUUUUUUGAUUUGUGUUGUUUUUAUAUCAUAUGGUUGUAAUAAAAGUGCUUUUACUAGAUGUUUUAGAUUAA